AUGGGAGAGGAGUUCGAUGAGAUAAACGACUUCCUUGGGAACGAUUUCUAUGACGACGAGCCGCCUGUCGAUAAUGGAAAUGAAACUUCCGAUGAUCACGUAUUGAACAGUCUUAUAGAAAAGGAAAAUAAGGAAGCUGUGAAGAAACAGGAGUUCGAUGAGAUAAACGACUUCCUUGGGAACGAUUUCUAUGACGAAGAGCCGCCUGUCGAUAAUGAAAAUGAAACUUCUGAUGAUCACGUAUUAAACAGUCUUAUAGAAAAGGAAAAUAAGGAAGCUGUAAAGAAACGUAACAAGACAAGGCCGCAACCGAAGUUGAACGAAGCCACAAUCACAGGACCGAAAGGCAUCCAAGCUUUGCGUGAAUCAUUCAAGAACUACAAACCUGACCCUUCCAAAGAUCCGUAUGAGAACUUAAGUGUCAUGCUGAAAAAAUACGAGCAUUGGGCACAUGUUAUGUUUCCAAAACUAAAGUUUGAAGAUGUUGUCAGCAGAUGCGAAGCACUUGGCGAAAGAAGAAUUGUCAAAGUCUAUAUGACUAAAUCUCGGCUCGAUAUGCCUCUUACUGAUGACGAUUUCGCACCACACCGAAGAAAAAACGACCAGAUUAUUGAUGAUGCUGAAAAUGCUGAGAGCACUAGCAUAAAUCGUCGCGAGGAUAGUGAAGAGGAUGAUGAGAAUUAUUAUGAUCCUUUGGAAUCAACAUCAGUGAAAGAUAAAACGAAUAAUUCUGAAAACAAUGUUGGCAGUCCUGCCAAGUCUGUUCCUGCUUCAUCUACAACACAAGAAGUAGAUAUAGAUGAUGACAUGCUGGAAGCAGCCAAUGAAGUAGCAAGACAUGCUCUAGAAGAAGAGCAACGACGAAGAGAGGAAGCAGAACUUGCUAUGGCGGAUGAAAUUAUGGAAGACUUUGAUAUGUACUGA